UCCGACCCUCUCUCUUUCCCGCAACACCUUCCUCCACUGCCGAAGCCCCCAGCUGCUCGGCAGCAGCCACACCACCCCCUCCCCCUCACGAGGUCUCAACGAUCUCUCUCUCCCUCUUCUGCUAUGCAUCGCCCUCUCUGACAUGUAUCACAGUCUCGGCGUCCGCCGCCUCAUCUUCCGCAGCCGCAUCGCCUACUACGUCAAAACCGGCCUCAUCGACCACGCCCUCCAAGUGUUCGACGAAAUGACCCAGUCCAAUUGCCGCGUCUUCAGCCUCGACUACAACCGCUUCAUCGGCGUCCUCGUCAAACACUCCCGCUACGACCUCGCCGAGCACUACUACUACGAAAUGUCGCCGCAGGGCUUCUCCCUCACCCCGUUCACCUACUCCAGGUUCAUUUCCGGCCUCUGCAAUGUCAAGAACUUCACAUUGAUCGAGAAGAUUAUUAGAGACAUGGAUAGGUUAGGCGCCGUGCCGGAUAUUUGGGCUUUUAACAUAUACUUGAACCUUCUGUGUCAACAAAAUAGGGUACAUUAUGCUUUGGAGGUUUUCGAUGGGAUGGUUGUCAAGGGGAGAGCCCCUGAUGUUGUUUCGUAUACGAUUGUGAUCGAUGGAUUGUGUAAAGCUGAGAGGUUUGACAAUGCUGUUGAGGUUUGGAGUCGUAUGAUUGGUGAGGGAUUUAGGCCGGAUACUAUUGCGUGCACCGCGCUUGUUCUUGGGCUGUGUGGAGGUGGGAAGGUGGAUUUGGCUUAUGACCUUGUGAUUGGGGAGAUGAAGGGUGGAGUGGAGUUUAAUCAUUUGAUUUAUAAUGCGCUGAUCAGUGGGUUUUGUAGGGCGCGUAGGAUUGACAAGGCGCAGGCGAUUAAGGUGUUUAUGAAGAGGAAUGGGUGCGAGCCGGAUUUAGUGACGCAUAAUGUGUUGUUGAAUUAUUGUUGUAAUGAGUUCAUGGUGGAGGAGGCGGAGGAGUUGAUGAAGCGGAUGGAGAAGAGUGGGAUGGGACUCGAUUCGUAUAGUUAUAAUGGGUUUCUUAAGGCACUUUGUAAAGCCAGUACGCCGGAAAAGGCAUGUUUGUUUAUGAGGAACAUGAUGGAGCCGAAAGGUUUGUGUAAUGUUGUUUCGUUUAAUACUGUCAUUACAGCGUUCUGCAAGGCAGGCCAGAGUAGGAGGGCAUAUAAGCUCUUUCAGCAAAUGUUUCAAAAGAAAAUUUUACCAGAUGUUGUCACAUUUACCAUUCUGAUAAAAACGUUUUUAAGAGAAGGUAGCUCAGAUAUAGCCAAGAAACUUCUUGAUCAGAUGACAGGGAUGGAUCUGUUGCCUGAUCGUAUAUUUUACACUACGAUUAUUGAUCACCUAUGCAAGGGUGGGAAAAUUGCAAUGGCUUGGGAUGUUUUCAAUGAUAUGUUAGAGAAGGGAAUCACCGCUGAUGUCGUUUUGUAUAAUGCUCUCAUUAGCGGGCUUUUCAGGGCUUCUAGACUGACUGAAGCCAUGCAUUUAUACAAGGAAAUGCAGACUACAGGAUGCUGUCCUGAUGAGGUAACUUUCAAAGUGGUAAUUGGAGGUCUUAUAAGGGAAAAGAGUCUUUCUGAGGCUUGUGGGGUAUGGGAUGAGAUGAUGGAGAAAGGCUUUACUCUGGAUAGAGUUCUAUCCGAGACAUUGAUUAAUGCUAUCCAUUCAAACGAUGGAGCAUGAAAACGGAGAAUGUUUCCAUAUUUUGGAGCAAUUUGAUAAUUGGUGAUUUCACCUGGGAAAGCCUGUCUUGUUUCUUCCUUGUUCCUCUUCCUGGGAAGCUACAAAAAAUUCAAGCCGAAGCUUCUAGCUUUUCUUCAGUGCAUGAAGGAACCUUGGACAACCAAAUGAUUUCAAGAGCAUUACGACUAUGUUAUAUGGGCCCCAGAUCUGUAAACUUUAGUGUGAAAAUACUGUUACUCCAGCUGGGCAUGAAACUGAUUGUGAAUGUGGAAUGUCGAUGUGAACAGGACCAGAUUGUUAUAUGGGAAAUGCAGUGAGUGUAACCCUCUCUCCCUGUCUGGAAUUUCACUAAAUUAUUAUAUCGAGGGUGGGAGUAGUGGUUAUAUGCUGAAAUAGAAUUAAAUGAUAA